AUGUCGAACCAGCAGAACGAGCAGCAAGGGGGUCUCCUAGGUGGUCUUUUGGGAGGCGUCACUAACACGCUUGGAGGUGUCGUUGGCGGCGCUACGAAUGCCGUGGGCGGUGUUGUAGGUGGUGUUGGCAAGGGUCUCGGCGAGGGCGUUGGAGCCAUUGGCAAGGGUGUCGGUGAGGGAGUAAGCUCUGGCACGCAAGGUCUGGGCAGCACUGUCUCGGGAGCGAGCCAGAACGUCUCCGAUACCACGAAGAAUGUUGGUCAGUCCGUGCAGGGUGCGCUUGGUACCAAUGAGCACACCGGAAAGGCACAGACGGCGGACAAUCCCCUUGGCUUUGCCCAAGAGUACCAAGAGCUCUGUCGAGACUUGGAUGCGUUUGUCCAGAUUUUGUUGCAGGUUGUCGCGACGCAUCAGCGCCACAAACCCACUCCAUACCUUGACGGCGUCGACGCCCUAACCAGAGCGAUCAUCAAGGACUGUGCUGGCCUGAUACAAACGACACUGAACAGCCUCCGAGCUCGAUAUGGCGACAGCUUGGGAAGAGACGGGAUCGAGUCUCAUAGGAAGCUACAGGGCAUGUUCAAGAAGAUUCGAUGGUCCAUGCUGGAACAGUCUCGGUUACAAGUGCUACAAGAGAAGGUUCAGAAAAGCACCCAAAGACUGCCUCUUCUUACCGCCCUAGCUAUUCAGCAAUCUCAGCCAUUUGAGAGUAAAGCCACACUCGAUAGAAUCGAUGCCCUCGACCAUCACUUGACUAAUUCAUGUCAUGUGGAGAAUGAAGAAAUUCGACGACUCUUGAACGACAUUCAGCAAAUGCACCAGCAUCAACAGCAGAAGAUCGCAGUCCAGAACGACCAACUGUUUCAGGUCAGAGACAUCAGUGCAAGUGUGCUGGCCUCAACGAAGGCUUCCUUUACGGCUAUCAUACAAGUUAGAGGCACAUUGGUCCGACUGGCACUCGAUGUUAAAGCUGUUCAAAGUCUGGUUCAGGAAUCGAUCUCGCUCCGAUCACUGGAUCCGACGAAAGAGGUGCCCGUCAUUAUAGAAGACGCGCUGGGCAGGCAUUUCUCCAUACCUGCGGAGUGGAUUGAAAAUUUAGAUUGGAACGUAAGAUCCCUAUCCCGCUCCAAUGAUGACUUCAUGUCAGGCCCUAAGAUUGCAUAG